AUGCUGGACCACAAUCAAUUACAAGGAACCAUUCUGCCCACUCUCUCCGCUUGCCGCAGUUUGUAUUACCUGGCACUCUCCUACAACCAACUGCAUGGCAGCGUUCCGCCUGAGUUCAGCCUUCUCACAAGUUUGAAGUACCUCCACUUAGGUGUUAACAGUGUCACAAGUACCAUUCCGCCCUCUUUCGGAAACUUGUCCGCCUUUGUUCAAUUAGAUUUGAGCGAAAAUGAAUUAUCAGGCACCAUUCCCAACUCUUUAGCAAAUUUCUCAAAAUUGAAAGUGUUAGAUUUAUCUGAAAAUCAAAUAAGUGGAAAUAUUCCUUGGGAAAUUGGUACCAAGCUCUCCAAUUUAGUAAUCCUUAGUUUAUGGGGAAAUCAGCUUAGAGGAAACAUACCAAACUCCUUGGGAAAUUGUUCCCUUCUCCAAGAACUUUUUUUACCUAUUAACAGACUGAGUGGAACGGUUCCAAUGGAGCUAGCUAAGUUGAACCUUCUAACGAAGCUUUAUCUGCACACCAAUCAACUUGUUAGCGACAGCAGUAAUACAUUGGCCUUUCUCACUGCUCUCACAAAUUGCUCCCACUUGCAAGAAAUAGAUAUGGCAAACAAUACUCUCAUUGGUGUAUUGCCCCUAUCCAUAGGCCAACUGUCUUCCAAUCUCUACGAGUUGAAUUUACCAGACAACAUGAUAAGUGGAAGCAUACCACAACAGAUUGUCAAUCUGACAAACUUAACGUACUUAAAUUUAGGCACUAAUCUUUUCAGCGGCAAUAUUCCUUCUCGAAUUAACAGAUUCCAUGUGUUGGAAGAAUUGUAUUUGUAUAGGAACAAUUUAGAAGGAGCCAUUCCAAAGUAUGGAUUCAGUGGGAAUGUUUCUAUUCAGGGAGAUGUUUACAGUUAUGGAAUUCUGAUAUUCGAGAUGGUAAUAAGGAUGAGUCCAAGUGAUGACAUGUUUGUGGGAGACAUGACCUUGCAAAAGUGGGUGAGAUCAGCUUUUCCAAACAGACUGGCAGAGAUUGUGGAUGGCCGACUAUGGAGAGGUAUGAAUGAAAACAUAGAAGACAACAAAUGUCUUAUUUCAUUCAUUCACAUUGGUUUGCAUUGUAGUAGCGAAUCACCAAGAGAAAGACAUUCCAUAAGAGAUGUAGGCAAUGCCUUGGAGAGCUUGAAGGUAUCUUUGAUGGGAAGUGCAACUGCUUCCAAUUUAAUAGCCACCAUAUCAGAACUCUUUGAGAAUAACAAUCCCACAGGAACAAUGGCAUCUGACAGUCAAAGUUCCUCAUUUUAG